AUGACACGGAGCAGUUCAUACGUACAAGCCAUGGCAUGUAUUCACAAUUUAAAAAGUGUUUGUCCAAAAGAACUUUACCCAAAAAUACAGAGGUCGCUAGUGAAUCUGGAAGGAGCUAAAGAAGGUCUACAAGAUCUGUGUUUUGAUGAUUCAUUGUAUGAACGUUACGCCCGGUACCAGUCAUGUUUUAUGAUGGAAGGUGAUAACUCUGAAUAUUGUUUCCAUAAAAAUUUAAACACCAGCAUCCGUAUUUUAUCGACAGUCGAAUCUAAAUCUACACAUCAACUCUGCACAGAUAUGAAUAGAGUGGUGAAGUGUAUAUCAUUUAAUAUUAAUAUGAAAUGUGGCGAGCACGCUGCCAAGCUGGUGGAAUUAUUAGUUAAACCUAUGGUCAGACAUAGUACACAGUGUAGUUACCAGUUAGAUACUGAGACCACCUCCAAUUUCAAAAAGCCUGGAGUGACGAAACCAAUUUCAAAGCAACAUUAUAUAUCUGACGGAAGCGGAAAUAGUGCUCAUGUGAAUAAUACUUCCGGUACAAAAAUGGCCUUGUUAACUUUAAUGUGCUCUUUAGUGUUUCUACUGGCUGUUCAUUGA